GAGCAGCGUUUCGCCUUGUUUACGUCAUCAGGUAGCGACAAUGUUUUUGCCGUAUUUUGGUACUUCAAACGCACCAAAUUGUGGAUUUUACACUGACUUUUACGACCAGAUUAGGGUUAGGUGAUUGAACUAAAUAAACAUCUGUUUUCUUCAAAUCAAAUAUAUACUUUUAUAUUGGAAUACGAGCUCCAAGGGCCGGUUUUGCAACACCGGAAAGUUAGCUAGCGAGCUAACUAAAGGUACGCACGUUUCGUUGUGCGUCUCUUCAUCUUGAAUAUGCCUAAAUUAUUCGACAUUGAAUUCCCAGAAGAGUGUCAAACCAACCCCGAUAGGUUCUGGUCGGCUGUUGACGUGUGGUUAAAAAAGCCUCAUGUCGUCAACAAGCGGCUAUGCGGGGUAAAAGAGACAGAAAGUCAAAAUGUGAACGGCGCAGUAUUGAGUUUGGUGCUAGGCAAUGAUGAACUUCCUAAGGACGUGUUAAACUUCAUCACCACGGCAUGUACACACACACUUUCCUACAAUAUAAGGACUUUUAUUCCAAAAGUUAACAUUUAUGGGACCCACCUGCACAAAGAGAUUGUUGUUAAAGAUUUUGAAUGCCAGAAAGUGACAUUUAUUCCAUUUGAGGAGGACGAAGAAGGGAAAGUGUCUCUGAAAAAGUGCAACGUUUACCAGAUUCAGCUGCGCCUUACAGACUGUGAGCAAUUGCUGUUGGAGCUGCACGUGUUGACCGUGGACGGUUGGCACUGUGACGGCGUGGCCUACCCGAAGCUGGGGUGGCUGUCGACAGAGCUGCUACCAAAGCUGCUGCGCUGGUCUGUGGACUGCAAGAGCAGCGACUUUACGAGCACACUGUCUCUGCUGCCGGUGGAAAAGUACAGCUUGACAUACCAGCAACUCAAAGACAAGUACAAGGCCAUGGUCAAGGUUUGGCCCGAGGUGACAGAUCCAGAGAAGUUUGUUUUCGAAGACGUCGCCAUCGCCACUUAUCUCCUGGUGCUUUGGUCCGAGGAGCAGACGGAACAUGAUCUUAAAACAAAACAAUCCUUCGUAGACUUGGGCUGUGGAAAUGGUCUUCUGGUGCACAUUUUGACGAAUGAAGGGCACCCGGGUAAAGGCAUUGACGUUCGUAAGAGGACUAUUUGGGACAUGUAUGACUCCAACACGCUGCUGGAGGAGCAAGCUAUCACUCCCGGUGAUAGCUUUUUAUUCCCAGAUACUGAUUGGCUAAUUGGGAACCACUCUGACGAGCUAACACCAUGGAUCCCUGUCAUCGCGGCCAGGUCGUCUUAUUCCUGCCGGUACUUUGUCUUACCGUGCUGCUUCUUUGACUUCUUUGGCAAAUACCAGCGGCGUCACAGCCAAAAGUCGCAGUACAAGGAAUACAUUGACUUCAUCACAGACAUUAGCCGAGUCAGCGGCUUUGACACACAGAUGGACUGCCUCAGAAUACCCUCCACCAAGCGGGUUUGUCUGGUUGGUAGGACCCGUAACUACCAGGCGUUUGACGAGGCGCAGGUGGAAGACCGGAGAGCUCAAUACAUACAGAGUCGAGGGUCUGCGGUCAAGAAGGAUCACGUGAGCAGCAGCUGGGGAUCGGGGUUCCAUCCCCGAGAGAAGGUGGAAGUCGUACGAAACUGCGGCACUCUUUCUCGGGACUUUGUAGACGACGUGGUCAUACGUGUCGCUGAUGCUCUGCUGAGGAUGACGGCGGAUGGUGACCAGAGUUCUUCUAGCUGGAACACAGGAGGCAGCUUGUCAUUGGGCGAAGUGGCAUUGUUGUUGCGUCAGGAGACGCUCCAGAAACUGAAAAAGGAAUGUGGCGGCCUCCAGACGCUCCUGAAGAACAACCAUCAAGUUUUUGAAGUGGAAGGAGGAAGCGUUCACUUACGAGAUUGGCGGGACGGAAGGCACCCGAGGGCGGGCUCCAAGAAAAGGCCUGUGGCCCUGGGUGCCCUCAAAACACGUCCCUGCUGGUUUUACAGCCACCACCCUCAAGGCUGCCCCCUGCUGGCACAGCAGUGCAGCUUCGCUCACGGACACGAUGACCUCCGACCUUCGAACAGAUCUUCGAAGAAAAGCAAACGUGACGUUUGACUAUUUUAUUCAUUAACACUCACGUGACUCCUAAACAUCAGAAUUUUUUUUAGUAACAAAAAAAGUCCUCUUGGUUUUUGCUAACCCUCCCGGGAGACUCCCAAUUUCACUGCACUCCCAAUAUUAGUCACGUCUGCUUUUCAUCCAGUCCAACGUCACAUGAUAUGUGCGGCUUUUGCUAACACACAAGUGAAUGCAACGCAUACUUAAUCAACAGCGAUACAGGUUACACUGAGGGUGCCCGUAUAAACAACUUUUACACUGUUAGAAAUAUACGCCACACUGUGAACCCUUGCUGUUAAAUUCCCAAAAUGUUUAAGUUUUUGUAUGACAAAACAAUUAAUCUUUCUAGUAAUGAUACGAAUCUAGUUUUGGAAUUACAUUUCUUAUGGAUGGAAGGAUGAAUUACAAUUUUAUUCUUGUUAAAUUAUUUUUUGAUAAUAUAAGUUUUUUCAAUUUUACAAAACCACAACUUUUUUUUCAACUUGUUUUAAGGACUUUCUCCUAAUUUUACAAUAGUUUUUUUUGCAUAAUUUUAGUUGUCAUUUUCACUUACAAUAAAAACCUAA